CCCUACAGCCAUCGGAGCUGCACCGUUGAGCAGCCGCAGCCGACCCAGACGGCAGGCGGUCCAAACCCAGUCAACACGCUGUUUUCCGCACCGCCGCAGCAGGCGUCGAGUGGGUUCGCUCCAACGUCCAAGUCGGGUCAGCCAAACGUGCACCUGUCCAGCAACCAACCGAUCGCGUCCAAGCAACUCCCGCGCCAGCCAUUUGCGAUUCCUCCCGAACCGUCAGCCGCACAUCCUCCCGAGCCGUUCUCGCACCAGUCAGCCGCACAUCCUUCAACCGCAGCAGUACUUGGUCGUGCAUAUUCCAGCAACCGUGUCGAGGUGUUUGGGCAAUACCCGAUUGAAGCCUCCAACCAGUUUUUUGGUUCCUUCCAGCAAUAGGGGUUCCUCCUGAACGUGUAUCCGAUUCAGCCUCGAUAUCAAGUGGGUGACUCUAUGGGUAAGAAUUCCAUUCCCAUCUCCUAUGAGCAGAAACAGUCGAGAUCAGAGACCCAUGGGGAACUUCAACAGCAAUUGGCAUGUCUCCAACAACAGAUGGCGGUUCUUAGGGCAAAACUGAAUGGCCAUGAGUCUUCCAGUCUUCCAAUCUAUUCAGAAAACCCGAUAACGGUGUUUCCUACUCUACCUACUUAUAAUUUGUUAAUUGGUACUUUGGGAAACUCUGCAGGAAUGAUCACAGAAGAGAAGUUGAAUGGCCAAAACUACUUCUCUUGGUCCCAAACAAUUAAAAUGGUCCUUGAAGGGCAUCAUAGAUUUGGGUACUUAACCGGAAAAAUACCGUGACCGAGCCCUGGGGAUCCCCAAGAGGGGGUCUGGAAGGCAGAAGAUUCUUCACUUCGUUCGAUGUUGAUAAGUAGCAUGGAACCUCAAAUUGGGAAACCUCUGCUAUAUUCAGCCACUGCAUGGGAUAUUUGGGAUGCAGUUCGUAGGUUAUAUUCUAGAAGGAAAAACGCAGCUCGCCUAUAUACUUUACGUAAACAGGUUCAUGAGUGCAAACAAGGGAGCAUGGAUGUAACGUCAUACUUCAACCGGAUGUCUUUGUUAUGGAUCUAUGUCGGGAGAUCAUCUAGAACUACCCACAUGACAGAAUUCAAUACUCGAAGAUAGAAGAGGUUGAUCGUGCGUAUGCUUUUUUUGUGGGGUUGCACCCCAAAUUUGAUACGGUUCAGAGUCAAAUACUAGGGCAGAAACCGAUACCGUCUCUCAGAGGUUCGAUUGGAAGAGGAUAGAUCGAGUGCAAUGAAUGGGUCUGGGGUUACCACUGUAGAGUUAGCUGCCUUUGGGGUGAAAUCCUCUGGAUCUGAUGGUGACAAGCAGAAUAGCAAAACACCCCAGUAUGUGAGCAUUGCAAAAAACAGUGGCACACGAAAGAUCAGUGUUGGAAACUGCAUGGUCAACACCUCUUAAUGGUAAACAUCACCCCCCAAAUGACAAGUCAAAAUCUGGGCGUGCUCUGGUGAGUGAAUCGGUUGAGGGGGCCAUACAACCUCAAACACAACCUCCGGUGACCAACCCAAGUGAUUCAGGUACCAUAGGGAUCGAAACAAUUGCUCAAUCAGGUAACCCUCAAUCCUUUAGCUUUCCUCCUUGAAGGGAAUGAGUUAUGGAUUCUAGAUUCAGGAGCGAUCGAUCGCUUGACUGGCUCAUCUGAUCAAUUCCUCUCGUACUAUCCGAGUGCUGGAAAUGAGAGGAUUCGUAUUGCAGAUGGGUCCUUCGUUCCUGUUGCUGGAAAAGGCAAAUUGUCACCAUUUCAGGGAUUAAUUCUACAAAAUGUCCUACAUGUGCCAAAAAUUUCUUACAACUUGUUAUCAAUAAGUAAAAUAACAAAAGAUUUGAACUGUAGAGUUGUCUUCUCAUCAGAUGCUGCUUUGUUUCAGGACUUAAGCUCGGGGAAGAUGAUUGACACUGCCCGAUAUGACAGGGGCCUCUAUUUCCUUUCUGAAGAUGCUUCCUCCAGGAAUUUAUUUAGAACUAGUCUUUUAUCUUCAUUUACUAUGUCUGAAAAAGAUUAUUUAUUGUGGCAUUUUCGUCUUGGACAUCCAAGUUUUCAAUAUAUGAGAUAUUUGUUUCCUCAUUUAUUCCAUAAUGUGAAUAUUUCUUCUUUGUCUUGUGAUGUCUGUAUACGUGCUAAACAGUCUCGUGUUUCUUUUGUCUCUCAGCCUUAUAAACCUACCCAGCCUUUCCACUUGAUCCACAGUGAUGUUUGGGGCCCUUCGAACAUCUCUACCCUGUCCGGUAAACAAUGGUUUGUCACAUUCAUCAAUGAUCAUACCCGACUUACAUGGGUAUACCUCCUUGCUGAUAAAUCCGAGGUUCUGUCUACCUUCCAACAAUUCUAUACCACUAUCUUAACUCAGUUUAAUACAAAGAUUUUCAUCCUUCGAAGUGACAAUGGACGUGACUUUGUCAAUCACACCCUCCGGGAAUUCCUAACGUCAAAAGGGAUCAUCCAUCAAAACUCUUGUGCUUAUACUCCGCAACAAAAUAGGGUGGCUAAACGAAAAAAAAUCGUCAUCUCAUUGAAGUUACUCGUUCCUUGAUGAUUUCGACGUCUCUCCCAUCGUACCUAUGGGGAGACACAGUCCUCACUACAGCCAUCUCUCAUUAAUAGGAUGCCUUCGCGUGUUCUAAAGUUUCAAACACCCCUUGAGUGCUUUAAAAAGUCCUGCCAGUCUACACGUCUUACGCCUGAAGUUCCUCUGCGUAUGUUUGGGUGGACAACUUUUGUUCACACUCAUGGUCCUCAUCGAACUAAGUUUGCCCCACGAGCUCAAAAGUGUGUGUUCAUUGGGUAUCCCCUUCAUCAGCGAGGCUAUAAAUGUUUUCACCCACCUUCAGAAAGUACUUUGUCACUAUGGAUGUCACGUUCCUUAAAGAUGAACCAUUCUUUCCCGUUAGUCGUCUUCAGGGGGAGACCACGAGUGAAGAGACUAACAGUUCCACAUACUUUGUACCUAUUAGUUUCAAUCUUGAGCCUAGUUCUCCUGUUCCUGAACCCAGUCUAUCUAGUCCCGAACCUGGUCCUGAUAUUCCAGGGUCUGUCCUCUCUGAUAUUCCAGUGUCUGUCCUCCCUACUGGACAAAUGCCCUGGAUAACAUACUAUAAGAAGAAUCUCAAAAAGGAAACCCAAGAAAUUCCUGUUGUUCUAUCGGAAAGUGUCCAAGCAUCGAAACCAGCUCAGGUUCAAGAUCUUGUUGUUUCAGAGAAUGUCCUUGAAGAGAAGUCCGGACGCAUAGAAGAUGGUGAGACGAACUCAGAGAAGGUUGAAAUUACAGGAGGUAAUGAGGUGCUGGAAGACUCUCAGGAAGGUGAAAAAUUGUCCCAAAAGCUUGAUACUGGAGAGAGGCCGACGAAAACUGGCAAUUAUGAUACCAUUCUUGAUAUGCCAAUUGCUCUAAGGAAAGAAACCAGGUCAUGUACAAAGUACCCUAUGCACAGUUUUCUGACCUACAGUAACUUGUCUCCUAUUUUUAAGGCUUUCACUACUCAACUAGAUGCCCUAGCAAUACCUACCAAUGUGCAUGCAGCCAUGGAAGUUCCCGAGGGGAGAGUAGCAGUAAUGGAAGAAAUGAAGCUCUCGAGGCGAACCAGACUUGGGAUUUAGUGGCUCUCCCUAGAGGUCAUAAAACAGUUGGUUGCAAAUGGGUGUUCACAGUGAAGUAUAAGUCUGAAGGAACACUCGAGAGAUAUAAGGCUAAAGUGUUCACUCAAACGUAUGGGAUUGAUUAUUCAGAAACUUUUUCCCCUGUGGCUAAGCUCAACACGAUCCGAGUUAUUCUGUCUAUUGCCAUGAAUAAGGAUUGGCCUCUACAUCAACUAGAUGUAAAAAAUGCUUUCCUAAAUGGUGAGUUAGAAGAAGAGGUUUACAUGAGUCCUCCUCCAGGUUUCAAAGCUAAAUUUGGGAACCAUGUUUGCAGACUCAGAAAGUCCUUAUAUGGGUUGAAACAGUCUCCGAGAGCGUGGUUUGAUAGGUUCAGUGUUUGUUAAAUCCCAAGGGUUUGUUCAAGGGCAUUCUGAUCACACAUUGUUUACCAAAAAAUCACUAUUAGGAAGAUUGCUGUUUUGGUGGUUUAUGUUGAUGAUAUCAUUUUAUCAGGGGAUGAUACGGUAGAAAUUAUUAAACUAAAACAAAGGAUGGCAGGCGAAUUUGAGAUCAAAGAUAUUGGUAGUCUGAGGAAUUUUCUCGGGAUGGAAGUGGCAAGAUCGAAAGCAGGAAUAUCAGUGUCUCAAUGGAAGUACACUCUGGACCUAUUAAAGGAAACAUGAAUGACUAGAUGCAAACCCAUUGAAACUCCUAUUGAAGUCAAUGGCAAACUGAAAAACAUUACGGAAGGAGUGCCUGUAAAUAAGGAGAGGUAUCAAUGCCUUGUAGGAAAACUGAUUUACCUGUCUCAUACUAGGCCCGACAUCUCCUAUGUUGUGUGUGGUAAUUUAGUUCAUACAGAAUCCGUAUGAGAAACACAUGGAAGCAGUGACUCGAAUUCUAAGAUAUCUGAAGUCUACCUCAGGGAAGGGUUAGUUUUCAGAAAAUAUGAGACACGGAGCAUUGAAGCAUAUCCUGACUCAGAUUGGACAGGUUCAAUGAGAGAUAGAAAGUCAACCUCGGGAUAUUGUACCUUUCUAUGGGGAAAUUUGGUGACCUAAUGGAGUAAAAAACAGGGUGUAGUUGCCAUAAGCAAUAUGGAAGCAGAGUAUAGAGCUAUAAGUCUGGGAGUGUGUGAAGAAAUAUGGUCACAGAAAGUUUUGGCUGAUCUUCACCAGACAGUCCAGGUCCCAUGACGUUGUAUUGUGAUAAUAAGGCUGCCAUCAGCAUUGCCAACAAUCCAGUACAACAUGAUAGAACCAAGCACGUUGAAAUUGACAGACACUUUAUUAAAGAGAAGUUAGACCACGGGGUAAUCUGUAUUCCCUAUGUCCCUUCAGUCCAACAGGUUGCAGAUGUUCUUACCAAAGGAUUACCAAGACAGACGUUUGAAGCUUGUGUUAGCAAGUUGGG